UUACCGUCCCAGAACCAAAUUUCAAAAGGAAAGCCUUCGACCGCAGCCACACGCGCGCAGAUCCCCCUCUUCUUUCGGCCCCUCCCCGCGCACUCGCCUUCAAACCCUAGCUGGCAAGCUCCGUCCCUCCUCCUCUCAUGGCGUCCCCGCGCACGCCCGACUCGCCCCGCGGCCUCAUCUUCGCGCCCUGCGACGCCGACCUCGUCACGAUCUACCUCCAGCGCAAGAUCUCCGGGUCCCCGCUCCCCGCCGCCGCCGCCCGGUACAUCCACGACGCGGACGUGUACGCGGCCGAGCCCGCCGCGCUCGUCACCGGCCUCCUCCCCGCCUCGGCGAGCAGCGACGGGGAGGGCAGGGAGUGGUACUUCUUCACCUCCGUGCGGGCCCAGAGCAGCCGGGGCACCCGCAGGUGCCGCGCCGUCGCGGGCGGGGUCGGCACCUGGCAUUCGGAGAAGGCGCGGUGCGACGUGCUCGACGCGGGCGGCGCCGCCGUCGGGUACCGCCAGCCCUUCACCUACGAGCCCAAGAACGGCUGGCUGAUGCUCGAGUUCAGCCAGGAAGACCCCCGCCCCGGCGAGGCGAUGCCCGCCCUCUGCAAAAUCUAUCAGAAGCGUCGUGCUGGCCGGUCCGCCUCGAAACCCAUUUCGUCUGGGUCGUCGUCGAUGUCCGGAUCCAAGAGGAAGGCGGCGGCCGCGGGCGAGCGCUCCGGCGUGAGGCGAUGCCUGCAGUUCCGUCCGUCUCCUGCCGCACCAAAUCCGCCCACCGUGGUUGCUACAUCGGAGAUUCAAGAAGCGUUCUUGCUUCCAGUUGAGCGGCCGCAGGCAGAGCAAGAAGAGCAAGAACCGCCGGUACGGAGAGCACCCACAGCCACACCGCUGAUUCCCAGCUUCUCCCUGACCUUCGACAGCACCGCCUUCCUCCGCCCCGCCCAAGAUUCGCCCACGCCAGCGAAUUCGGACCUGAGCGACACGUCGACGGCACUGCUGGGCAAUUACGAGUUCGUCUCACCAGCCAGCUCCGAGCUGACCUGCUACAAUGCCACGACACCCUCGAGCGAUAACACCGGCGCUUGGGCCUUCCAGCCGUCCGCCCUGACCUCCUCCAAUGGCACCACCUCCCUCCUCCCUGGCCAAGAUUGGGCCACGCCAGAGUCGUCACAAGUCAGUGAGGCAUCGACGCUGGAGAGCUACAGCUGCUUCUCGCCCGACCACGCCACAUCCAGGCCCACCACACUGCCGAUCAGCAACGGCACCGGCUAUUGUUGGUCUUUGCCGCAGUACAGCGAGCUAUCGGCAAUUUUUGGUGCCUGAUCGAAUGCUUUGAUACGCUUCCAUGCUAGGCUGAGAGGAGUGUGGGUCUGCCUCCUUUAGUUUGUAGGGAUUUUUGGUCAUACUCGAUUGUUCUUGCUAGACUUGUUCAGCAGCAACUCUGCUUUCUGUUCGAACUAAGGCUUGGUUCAGUUAACUGACAUCUUUGGCGAUGUAACUGGGAUGCACACAGCACACGUAGCUGUGGAUCCUUCGGUGUGCCCUCUUCCUAUAGCUUUUUCCAUAUGAUUUUGUGUCUCUUGUGCCUAAUUUUUCUGAUUGCUGUGAUCGAAUUCAGUGAGCAUGUAUAUUUUUUGCUUUUGGCCCAGUGAAGAGUAAAUUAGUCUUGGUUUCCUUGUAGGAUUUUUCAAACGAAGAGUGAGUGAUUAUCCUGAAGCGUUAGUCUCUGUGUCUCUUUAUUGCAGGAUUAAUCCCUUUAUCUGAAGCUGAUGGCCUUUUCUUGUUCAUGUUGUCAUAUUUUGUAUAGUCUACAAUUCUCGCAGCUGAAUGUUGUUUGUUUUGCUUAUAUAUGCCGAAAAAGGCUUUCGCCCCGCUUUAUAAAUAAAGCAACCACCAAUCACAAAGUUAUCAAAGUCACACGAACACACCACACACACGCACCCAAAGCCACCGCUGGCACGGUCCAACACAAACACCAACACACAGACACAGAGACCCAAGUUCCGCUGUGGGCACAGCACAACAAGCCCAGCACAAGCACACAACUAGAUAACAAACACAACGGCGAGGCGGUGGCGAAGCCGACGACUAUCUAGUCUGGCUCCAGGGGGGGGGGGAGGUGGGGGAAGCGGAGGAGCCAUCCGGAGAGCCAUCGCGCGAAGCUGGGUGAUGAUGGAGGUGAUGGCGUCUCUCUCCCUGGGGCGGCUAAGCGGCCGCCAAAGCUGCAAGUAACCAGACCAUUUGAACAAAGCGUCAG